CUCCCCUCCCAGCAUGCUUUUCUGCUUGCUGAUGUAUUUAAACUCGGAAGAGGGAACAAGCUGUAGCCUUUAACAUGAGUGUUCCCUAAUGGGUUGGUCUGCUGUUGCCAUUUUACUUAAGGAAGAGUUUGGUUUCUUGCCCCAUCUGCAAAAUGAAUACAAGACUUCUUGCUGCAGCUGGAGGAAGAUGGGAUACAGUGCUUCCAAGGAUUAAGGACUGGCACAGUGGCUCACAUCUGCAGGACACCUGGCAAGAGCUGCACUGUGUUCAACUCUGGCUCCACUGACCCUGCAUGAUGAUCUGGAUACUUCAAGUCUUGUUCUCACCGCUCCCAACACCAGCACUCAUUAGUCUGAUUGUAUUUGGAGCAGCUGUCUUCUUGUGGGUGACAAGCAGGCCAAAACCUGUCUUGCCUCCUGUUGACUUGAACAAGCAGUCAGUAGGAGUAGAGGGAGGAGCCAGAAGAGGUGCAAUCUUGGCAGAUAAUAAUCUGAUUUCUUAUUACUUUGAAGAUGCUAAAACCUUGUAUGAAGUUUUCCAGAGAGGCCUGCAUGUUUCUGGAAAUGGCAACUGCUUAGGCUACAGAAAACCCAAGCAACCUUACCAGUGGCUGACAUACCAACAGGUUCUGGACAGAGCUCAGUAUCUGGGAUCAGGGCUUCUCCAAAAAGGAUGCAAACCAUCACCAAACCAGUUUAUUGGCAUUUUUGCUCAGAAUAGGCCAGAGUGGAUCAUUUCAGAAUAUGCCUGCUACGCUUACUCGAUGGUUGCUGUUCCACUCUAUGACACUCUGGGGCCAGAGGCCAUUGUGUACAUUGUUACCAAAGGUGACAUAAGUAUAGUGAUCUGUGACACACCUGAGAAGGCACAGAUCUUGCUUGAGAACUGUGAGCAAGAAAAGACCUCAUGUCUGAAGACUGUCAUUCUCAUGGAUCUCUUUGAUAAAGAGCUCAAGGAGAGAGGAGCUAAAGUGGGAGUGGAAAUUCUAGCACUGCAAGAGGUUGAGGAGCUGGGAAGAAACAACCUCAGAGAACCAGUUCCUCCUAAGCCAGAAGAUCUUUGUGUUGUGUGUUUUACCAGUGGAACCACAGGUAACCCUAAAGGAGCCAUGCUGACACAUCAAAAUGUUGUGGCAAAUGCUGCUGCUUUCCUUAGAAGCAUAGAGAACACAAUUGAGUGUACAAGUUCAGAUAUCACCUUGUCCUAUCUUCCCUUGGCUCACAUGUUUGAGAGAGUUGUACAGACUGUGGUCUACUCCUGUGGAGCAAAAGUAGGCUUCUUCCAAGGAGACAUCAAGUUGCUAACAGAUGACAUGAAAACCUUGAAGCCAACACUGUUUCCAGUUGUACCAAGACUGCUCAAUAGAAUAUAUGACAAGAUACAAAGUGGUACAAAGAGCCCGGUGAAACGCUGCCUGUUGAACUUUGCUGUGAUGAUGAAAUUGGCUGAAAUAAAACAGGGCAUUAUUCGAAAUGACAGCAUUUGGGAUCAGCUGGUCUUCCAUAAAGUUCAGGAAACCAUGGGUGGAAGAGUGCGUAUAAUGGUAACAGGGGCAGCCCCCAUAUCUCCCUCUGUCCUGACAUUUCUGAGAGCAGCCCUGGGCUGUCAGAUCUUUGAAGCUUAUGGCCAGACUGAAUGCUCAGCUGGGUGUACUUUCUCAAUGCCUGGAGACUGGACAACAGGCCACGUUGGAGCCCCUUUGGCUUGUAAUAUCAUAAAAUUAGUUGAUGUUGAAGAAAUGAACUACUUCUCUUCCAACAAUGAAGGCGAGGUCUGCAUUAAAGGACCAAAUGUGUUCAAGGGUUAUCUGAAAGACCCUGAGAAGACAGCAGAAGCAAUUGAUAAAGAUGGCUGGCUCCACACUGGAGACAUAGGGAAAUGGAUGCCAAAUGGUACACUGAAGAUUAUUGAUAGGAAGAAGAAUAUAUUUAAACUUGCACAAGGAGAAUACAUUGCUCCAGAGAAGAUAGAAAAUGUCUAUAUCAGAAGUACUGCAGUGGCUCAGGUCUUUGUACAUGGGGAAAGCCUGAGGUCUUUUCUAGUAGGUAUAGUGGUCCCUGAUCCUGAGACUCUUCCAGAAUUUGCAGCAAAACUGGGAGUAAAAGGUUCCUAUGAAGAUAUCUGCAAAAAUCCAGAAGUGAAGAAAGCUAUCUUAGAAGAUAUGAUCAGAUUAGGGAGAGAGGCUGGCCUUAAAUCCUUUGAACAAAUUAGAGACCUGUACAUCCACACAGAGAUGUUCUCUGUAGAAAAUGGACUCUUGACGCCAACACUGAAGGCAAAACGACCAGAACUGGUUAAAGUCUUUGAGAAGCAGAUUGAGACCCUCUAUUCAAGCAUGCAGGAGUAAGAUUUCGAUUAAACAGCAUGGAGUAUCCAAACAAAUCUGACACUAUGUGACCUAUGGAGAACACAUGCAUGAGUGCGGGGGAGCGAGGAGAACUUGAAUAUAUUGUUUCUGAUAACCUGGGAAAAAUUAUUUUCAGAUGAAGAUGGCUAUAGUAUAACUGGCAACUGUUAACAGCUUGCAGGAUUAAGCAUCAGCUGUCUAGGCAAAGCCAGAACUUUCACCUUCCUUGGACGGUUAAUGAAGCACAAAACUAUCCUUGGGUUACACAGCAGCUGUAUGCAUUCCUCACUGCCAAAAGCAAAUUGUGAUUUCCUGCUCCAGCUAUGAACUCCAUUGCUCCCUUUUGUGGACUGAUCUGCCAUCCAGCUGAACUCUUUCAUGCAGUUACAUGUUUUGGGUGGGGGGAGAGAGUUCAAAAACCAAGUGUGGGAAAAUAAUUUUAGUCUCCACUCAGGAUGCUAUAAUCUGUCUCGGCUGAAGCUCUCGUAUUAUGAAUUGGAGCUUAACAUCUAUUCAGCAAAUAAAGAAGCAAAUUGCCUGUUCCUGGCCCUGGACCAUACAGUAGAGAUUGUUUUUAAUGAAAAUGAGUAGUCUGGCAUCAACUGGUUUACAAAGUGCAUAUAUCUAAAGCAAACAUAAUUUAUAUUCUAACAUGGGAUGCACUGGAUCAGUUUUUGCACAUUCUCAAAUGCAAUGGCAUUUGAGAAAAGGAUGCAAAUUACAAAGCCUCUACACUUACAAAUUUGAGCCUAAUACAUGGAAAACUUUAGUUAUCCUUCCUAAGGAUACAGGAUUCAAUAAAUUGUAACUACAUAAUCAACCAGA